UGGCCAUAAUACACUCAAAGAUAAGAAAUUAUAAUUGCAGUACUUUUAAUCCUAGCUUUUAUAGAUACAUGAUUCAAUAACAUUAAUUAUUUCAGUAUUUUGAAACAUUAUCUGACCGAGUUACUCGUGGUACAAGAAUUCUUGGACUUUUCGUAUGAUAUCUGCUUUAAAAUAAUUUUUCGACGUCCGAAACAAAGCAACGAGUCAUUGAUAAUCUCUCACAAAUUUUACGAGUUGCUCAUUUUCUUCGAUAACGGUAAUGACUUCUAUGAGUCUUUAUCUAAGCGCCCAUACUCGUUUGUACGCAGUCUCGUGAAAACUCCGUAAAGUUAUAAGAAUCUAUUUGAAAAAUUUUGACUAUUAGCCCAGUGUCUGCUUAGCCGUAAGAGCGAGCAUACCUCACGGUAGCUUCAGACCCGACUUCGGGCCUGUAAUUCAAAUUAAAAAUAAUUUUUGUUUGAAAACAACAACAACAACAACAAAAUGGAGAAGAAUAUUGAAGAAGCGAAUAACAACAACCCCGGAGGGCAGAUACAAUUUACAACUGGAACUGUUCACAUCGAUAUCGAUGCCGAUGAACGCAAACCAUUAUCUGGAUUUAAUAAAGAAGAGCUCGAGAAAUAUGCAAAUGAUCCAUUUUGGAUUAGACUACGAAUGUUUAUAUACGUUGCAUUCUGGUUAAUAUUGAUUGGAAUGUUGGCUGGAGCUGUCGCUAUCAUUGUAUGGACACCAAAAUGCCCUGCACCAUUACCAAGAAAAUGGUGGGUAGAAAGUCCGAUAGUAAAAAUGAACCUCUUGGAAAAUCCAGCAACAGAUUUCAAAGAUUUGGAAGUGUUUUUAAAAGACUUGCAGCAAGAAAACGUUCAAUCGUUGUGCUUGAAUUCGGUACUAAAACAAUCAAAUUCAGGAGUUACUACGGACUUCAAAAACACCAAUCAACAAUUUGGACAAAUUGAAGAUUUCAAAAAAUUCGUGUCCAGCGCAGCUGAGAAAGGAAUAAACAUAGUAAUUGACAUUGAUCCUAAUCAUUCAUCCGAUGAACAUCCUUGGUUCAAGAAAUCGGUUCAAAAAAUUGGAAAUUAUUCAUCUUAUUACGUGUGGGCUGAUGGAAAACCGAAUCCAAAAGGCGGAUUUUUACCACCAAACAAUUGGCUCAAUCUCGACGGCAGUUCGGCAUGGACGUACAACGCAAAUAGAAGUCAAUUUUAUCUUCAUCAAAUGGAUACUUCUCAACCUGAUUUGAACUACAACAAUACCCAAGUCAUAGAAGAGUUCACUGAAACAUUGAAAUUCUGGAUGAACCUCGGCGUGAAAGGAUUUAGAUUAGCUAACACACAUUAUUUGUAUGAAGACGUGAAAUUGAAAAAUGAAACCCCUGGCUUAUCAUUCCCAGCUAAAGACAAUUUAUACGACUCUUAUACUCAUUAUAAUACCAGGCAUCAUGCGCAAAAUGCGGUAUUACUAAAUCUGUGGCGAAAUGUCGUUCUAGAGCACACAAAUCAAGAAGGAUUAUUCACCUUAAUUGAUGAAUUAAGGAGAGAUACUAUACCACCAAAUGAAUUUGUACCAGAUGAAAUGAAACUUUUUGAUCUUCCAUUGAGUGUAAAAUCACUUUCUGAUGUAAACGCAAACGUCACCGCUGCAGCAUUGAACCAAACUGUUUCUGAUAUGUUGUCACUUUCUAUUUGGCCAGCUGUUGACUUUACCGAAAACAAUACCAUCGAAGUGCGCAGUCCUGAAAAUACGGCCCUUGUUUAUAUGUCCAUGCUUCUCCCAGGCACUCCAAUUUUGAAUAUUAAUGAUUCUUAUCCUUACAAGGAAUCAUUUGCUAAAUUAACUAAGGCCCGGCAUAACAUUCAAUUCCAACAUGGAAAAACAUCGACUUAUAUUCUUAAUAACGGAACUAUAUUUGCCUACACGCGAGUCAAACCGGGAAAUCCUGGAUAUGUCGUCAUUUACAAUAGUGAUGUAUCGAACAAAACGGUAGAUUUAAGUUCUUUGAAUCAAAUUGCCGCCAAUGUAGAAGUUCUCGCUCUCAGUCCCAAUCAUAACCAGAACAUCACCCUUUCACAAAAAUUAAGCUCAAACGCCAUAGCUAUGUCACCUAAAAGUACUUUUGUCGGGGAAUACGUAGUUCAGAAGUUACCAUAAUCAUUUUUCGUAACACAUUCUAAAUGAUCAGAAUUCUCAUUUCUUAGAUUAAUUUAGAAAUCUUAAGAACGCAUUAUACUUUUGUAAAUAGCAAAAAAUGUGGUACGUAAUUUUACAGCUUGUGACUAUGUUUUUGUAUUAGACAUUAAUUGUUAUUUUUAUAUAAGUGAUAUACUAGUAAAUAAUUUUUU